AUGUCUGGCGAAUCUCAAACCAACUUUACCACAGUAAGAUACCCUCUGGCCAACAGCCAUUGACUGCAGACUGUCAUAUUUGCAUUGACAUGUUUGACCACAGAAUUAAAUGGAACAACAAAAUUGUAUCUCUAACCCUAAUUUCCAGAUGGCAAGGAACCGUUUUGUGGAGAUUACUUUAAUUGCUGCCAGUCUAAUAACCCGGACGACAGGAAAUAACACUAUAAAGAAUGGUUUUGCUUCUAACUAGUAGUGGGAAUUGACAUGGUCACAGAUUGAUUUCAAUUGUAGUCUAAUGCCCAUAUUCUAAAAACCUGAUAGAUGAAUUACCUAAAAUAUGCAUUUCCUUGACUUGUUUGUCUAAUUUCAUCUACCAUUUGUAUAGUUUUUACACAUGGUCUUGAAGAUGUGCCAUCAUGAGUCUAAAUCUCUGUCUAAAUCCUGGUACAUUAUGGGCCAUUUUUCCAGACUAAGAUUAAGCCUAGUCAUAGUGCUCAAUGGAGAAUCUCAUUGAAAUUGCCUUUUUAGUCCAGAACUAGGCUUAAACUGGCCCUAGACGUUAGAGACCUCCAUCUAGGCAGAGUCACCACGCAGUUUUCUUUUGAUGGGGAGCCAUCUAGCCAGCUACAGUAUAUUACCAUGAUCUAGAUCAGGGAUGGGCAACUUUGAUAGGGAUGGGGGGCCACAAAGAAACGGAACUCAUGAUGAGGGGCCGCUGGGGGUCUGCGUACCCACAUCCAUACACCCCCCCCCCCCCCCCCCCCCUCCCCGCGAGCAAAACAUUUUAGCGGCCCCCCUCGUGACAACAAAGAGGAAAAAAAUAUGUUUUAAAGUUAAUUUCCUGCAAUUCUACACAUUUUGCAUGGGGCUGUAGAGAAAAGGUUGCAGUUUUAAAACUAGUUUGCUGCAAUUCUACUCAUUUUGCCAUGGUGUGGAGAGAAAAUAUACAGUGCAUUCUGAAAGUAUUCAGACUCCUUCCCCUUUUCCACAUUUUGUUACGUUACAGCCUUAUUUUAAAUUGAUUAAAUAAAUAAAAAAUCUCAAUCUACACACAAUACCCCAUAAGGACAAAGCGAAAAUAGGUUUUUAGACAUUUUUGCAAAUGUAUUAAAAAUAACAACCAGAAAUACCUUAUUUACAUAAGUAUUCAGACCCUUUGCUAUGAGACUCGAAAUUGAGCUCAGGUGCAUCCUGUUUCCAUUGAUCAUCCUUGAGAUGUUUCUACAACUUGAUUGCAGUCCACCUGUGGUAAAUUCAAUUGAUUGUACAUUAUUUGGGAAGGCACAAUCCUAUCUAUAUAAGGUCCCACAGUUGACAGUGCUUGUCAGAGCAAAAACCAAGCCAUGAGCUCGAAGGAAUUGUCUGCAGAGCUCCGAGACAGGAUUGUGUCGAGGCACAGAUCUGGGGAAGGGUACCAAAACAUUUCUGCAUCAUUGAAGGUCCCCAAGAACAGUGGCCUCCAUCAUUCUUAAAUGGAAGAAGUUUGGAACCACAAAGACUCUUCCUAGAGCUGGCCGCCCGGCCAAACUGAGCAAUCGGGGGAGAAGGGCCUUGGUCAGGGAGGUGACCAAGAACCUGAUGGUUACUUUGACAAAGCUCCAGAGUUUCUCUGUGGAGAUGGUUGUCCUUCUGGAAGGUUAUCCAAUCUCUGCAGCACUCCACCAAUCAGGCCUUUAUGGUAGAGUGGCCAGACGGAAGCCACUCCUCAGUAAAAGGCACAUGACAGCCUGCUUGGAGUUUGCCAAAAGGCACCUAAAGAACGCUGUCCAUGAGAAACAAGAUUCUCUGGUCUGAUGAAACCAAGAUUGAACUCUUUGGCCUGAAUGCCAAGUGUCAGGUCUGGAGGAAACCUGGCACCAUCCCUAUGGUGAAGCAUGGUGGUGGCAGCAUCAUGCUGUGGGGAUGUUUUUCAGCGGUAGGGACUGGGAGACUAGUCAGGAUGGAGGGAAAGAUGAACGGAGCAAAGUACAGAGAGAUCCUUGAUGAAAACCUGCUCCAGAGCACUCAGGACCUCAGACUGGGGCGAAGGUUCACCUUCCAACAGGACAACAACCCUAAGCACACAGCCAAGACAAUGCAGGAGUGGCUUCGGGACAAGUCUCUGAAUGUCAUUGAGUGGCCCAGCUAGAGCCCGGACUUGAACCCGAUUUGAAUAUCUCUGGAGAGACCUGAAAAUAGCUGUGCAGCGACGCUCCCAAUCCAACCUGACAGAGCUUGAGAGGAUCUGCAGAGAAGAAUGGGAGAAACUCCCCAAAUACAGGUGUGCCAAGCUUGUAGCGUCAUACCCAAGAAGACUCAAGGCUGUAAUCGCUGCAAAAGGUGCUUCAACAAAGUACUGAGUAAAGUACUGAGUAAAGGGUCUGAAUAAUUAUGUAAAUGUGAUAUACUUUUAAUUUUUUUAUUAUAAAUUAGCACAUGCUUUGUCAUUAUUAGGUAUUGUGUGUAGUUUGAUGGAACAAAAACUAUUUAAUCAAUUUUAGAAUAAGGCUGUAACGUAACAAAAUGUAGAAAAAGUCAAGGGGUCUGAAUACUUUCCGAAUGCACUGUAGCAGUUUACAGCUAAUUUCCUGCAACUCUACACAUUUUGCCAUAGGGUGGAAGCAAAUGUUUGCCAUUUUUAAUAUGAUAAUUGAUGAUCAAUGGGCCCCACCUCGGUCGGAAAUUCAACCAUGCUUACUACAAGUUUAGAUAGCUGGCCGCUAGACUAACUAAUCAAUCUAAAAAUGUUUAGCUGACAUGGGCUAAUUGAGUGACUGCUGAGGCACAACCACAUUUCUAAAUUGCACCUUGUGUAUUCUAUUAUUCUAACUCUCAACUGUAACCCCAACUGAGUUAAAAAAAAAAAUAUAUUAAUUGUUUUUUUGCCACGGGCCACCAGUUGCCCAUCCCUUGUCUGUCUGUCUCUAGCUGCUUUAUGUAUAAAACUGAGGAGUAUGUGCUCCCUAAGCUUCAAUGGGCAUGAUGCCCCUGCAUGUAGCUAGGUAUGCAUUUAGUUUGUUAUUUAGGCCUACAGUGAGGGGAAAAAAGUAUUUGAUCCCCUGCUGAUUUUGUACGUUUGCCCACUGACAAAGAAAUGAUCAGUCUAUAAUUUUAAUGGUAGGUUUAUUUGAACAGUGAGAGACAGAAUAACAACAAAACAAUCCAGAAAAACGCAUGUCAAAAAUGUUAUAAAUUUAUUUGCAUUUUAAUGAGGGAAAUAAGUAUUUGACCCCCUCUCAAUCAGAAAGAUUUCUGGCUCCCAGGUGUCUUUUAUACAGGUAAUGAGCUGAGAUUAGGAGCACACUCUUAAAGGGAGUGCUCCUAAUCUCAGCUUGUUACCUGUAUAAAAGACACCUGUCCACAGAAGCAAUCAAUCAAUCAGAUUCCAAACUCUCCACCAUGGCCAAAACCAAAGAGCUCUCCAAGGAUGUCAGGGACAAGAUUGUAGACCUACACAAGGCUGGAAUGGGCUACAAGACCAUCGCCAAGCAGCUUGGUGAGAAGGUGACAACAGUUGUCAAUCUCCCUUGGCCUGGGGCUCCAUGCAAGAUCUCACCUCGUGGAGUUCCAAUGAUCAUGAGAACGGUGAGGAAUCAGCCCAGAACUACACGGGAGGAUCUUGUCAAUGAUCUCAAGGCAGCUGGGACCAUAGUCACCAAGAAAACAAUUGGUAACACACUACGCCGUGAAGGACUGAAAUCCUGCAGCGCCCGCAAGGUCCCCCUGCUCAAGAAAGCACAUAUACAGGCCCGUCUGAAGUUUGCCAAUGAACAUCUGAAUGAUUCAGAGGAGAACUGGGUGAAAGUGUUGUGGUCAGAUGAGACCAAAAUCGAGCUCUUUGGCAUCAACUCAACUCGCCGUGUUUGGAGGAGGAGGAAUGCUGCCUAUGACCGCAAGAACACCAUCCCCACCGUCAAACAUGUAGGUGGAAACAUUGUGCUUUGGGGGUGUUUUUCUGCUAAGGGGACAGGACAACUUCACCACAUCAAAGGGACGAUGUACUGGGCCAUGUACCGUCAAAUCUUGGGUGAGAACCUCCUUCCCUCAGCCAGGGCAUUGAAAAUGGGUCGUGGAUGGGUAUUCCAGCAUGACAAUGACCCAAAACACACGGCCAAGGCAACAAAGGAGUGGCUCAAGAAGAAGCACAUUAAGGUCCUGGAGUGGCCUAGACAGUCUCCAGACCUUAAUCCCAUAGAAAAUCUGUGGAGGGAGCUGAAGGUUCGAGUUGCCAAACGUCAGGCUCGAAACCUUAAUGACUUGGAGAAGAUCUGCAAAGAGGAGUGGGACAAAAUCCCUCCUGAGAUGUGUGCAAACCUGGUGGCCAACUACAAGAAACGUCUGACCUCUGUGAUUGCCAACAAGGGUUUUGCAACCAAGUACUAAGUCAUGUUUUGCAGAGGGGUCAAAUACUUAUUUCCCUCAUUAAAAUGCAAAUCAAUUUAUAACAUAUUUGACAUGCGUUUUUCUGGAUUUUUUUGUUGUUAUUCUGUCUCUCACUGUUCAAAUAAACCUACCAUUAAAAUUAUAGACUGAUCAUGUCUUUGUCAGUGGGCAAACGUACAAAAUCAGCAGGGGAUCAAAUACUUUUUUCCCUCACUGUAUAUUUGACAUGCCCCAUGUAAAGUAGAGAUUGUGGUAUAAAUGGUGGUCUUACAGGCUAGGCUGUAAGUCUGUAACUCCUCACCACAGCACAUAAUUAACACUUUACUAAAUAUGUGUUAAAUAAACUCUUGAAUGCAUCUGUCCUGCAGUGGAAUGAAACUAUCAAGCUCUUCCGAGGAGGCAUGCCACUGAAAAGACACUGGGCAUACUUCCGUAGCUAUGACAACAGCUUCACUGGAUCCGAGGCUGUUGAUUGGCUACAUGAGCUGCUGAAGCGGAACCAUAACUUUGGGCCGGAGGUGACCCGGUACCAGACCCUACAACUGCUCAGGAAAUUCAUGAAGAACCACGUCAUUGAGGAUGUUAAGGGCCGUUAUGGGAAGGAAGACUUUGAGGACAGUGGUCAAGUCUACAGGUGAUGAUGAUGUCGUCCUGUUAUUGGGCUGUAUUGCCUGUCAUGGAACUAAGGUGUCAUGGCAGACUACUUUGCUGCACAUUUACAUUUUACAUUUUGGUACUUUAGCAGAUGUUCUUAUCCAGAGCCACUUACAGGAGCAAUUAGGUGCCUUGCUCAAGGCCACAUCGACAGAUUAUACAGUGGGGAGAACAAGUAUUUGAUACACUGCCGAUUUUGCAGGUUUUCCUACUUACAAAGCAUGUAGAGGUCUGUCAUUUUUAUCAUAGGUACACUUCAACUGUGAGAGACGGAAUCUAAAACAAAAAUCCAGAAAAUCACAUUGUAUGAUUUUUAAGUAAUUAAUUUGCAUUUUAUUGCAUGACAUAAGUAUUUGAUCACCUACCAACCAGUAAGAAUUCCGGCUCUCACAGACCUGUUAGUUUUUCUUUAAGAAGCCCUCCUGUUCUCCACUCAUUACCUGUAUUAACUGCACAUGUUUGAACUCGUUACCUGUAUAAAAGACACCUGUCCACACACUCAAUCAAACGGAUCAGCCCAGAACUACACAGCAGGACCUGGUCAAUGACCUGAAGAGAGCUGGGACCACAGUCUCAAAGAAAACCAUUAGUAACACACUAUGCCGUCAUGGAUUAAAAUCCUGCAGCGCACGCAAGUUCCCCCUGCUCAAGCCAGCGCAUGUCCAGGCCCGUCUGAAGUUUGCCAAUGACCAUCUGGAUGAUCCAGAGGAGGAAUGGGACAAGGUCAUGUGGUCUGAUGAGAGAAAAAUAUAGCUUUUUGGUCUAAACUCCACUUGCCGUGUUUGGAGGAAAAAGAAGGAUGAGUACAACCCCAAGAACACCAUUCCAACCGUGAAGCAUGGAGGUGGAAACAUCAUUCUUUGGGGAUGCUUUUCUGCAAAGGGGACAGGACGACUGCACCGUAUUGAGGGGAGGAUGAAUGGGGACAUGUAUCGUGAGAUCUUGGCCAACAACCUCCUUCUCUCAGUAAGAGCAUUGAAGAUGGGUCGUGGUGGGUCUUCCAGCAUGACAACGACCCGAAACACACAGCCAGGGCAACUAAGGAGUGGCUCCGUAAGAAGCAUCUCAAGGUCCUGGAGUGGCCUAGCCAGUCUCCAGACCUGAACCCAAUAGAAAAUCUUUGGAGGGAGCUGAAAGUCUGUAUUGCCCAGCGACUGCCCUGAAACCUGAAGGAUCUGGAGAAGGUCUGUAUGGAGGAGUGGGCCAAAAUCCCUGCUGCAGUGUGUGCGAACCUGGUCAAGACCUACAGGAAACGUAUGAUCUCUGUAAUUGCAAACAAAGGUUUCUGUACCAAAUAUUAAGUUCUGCUUUUCUGAUGUAUCAAAUACUUAUGUCAUGCAAUAAAAUGCAAAUUAAUUACUUAAAAAUCAUACAAUGUGAUUUUCUGGAUUUUUGUUUUAGAUUCCGUCUCUCACAGUUGAAGUGUACCUAUGAUAAAAGUUACAGACCGCUACAUGCUUUGUAAGUAGGAAAACCUGCAAAAUCGGCAGUGUAUCAAAUACUUGUUCUCCCCACUGUAUAUAUUUUUUCACCUAGUCGGCUUACUGGUCCAACGCUCUAAACCACUAGGCUACCUAUGAGAGAAGUAGGCAGGCAAAGUAAUGUGUCAAAAAAGGCCAAUGCACACAUGACAUGCAAUGACCCUGUCUGCUUUAAUGUGGUCUAAGGAGAUAUUGAGCUGUCUAGAUGUGGUCCUCUGUAGCUCAGCUGGUAGAGCACGGCGCUUGUAACGCCAAGGUAGUGGGUUCGAUCCCCGGGACCACCCAUACACACAAAAAGAAAAAUGUAUGCACGCAUGACUGUAAGUCGCUUUGGAUAAAAGCGUCUGCUAAAUGGCAUAUUAUUAUUAUUAUUAUUAUUAUUAUUAUUAUUAUUAUUAGAUAAAGAAAUCUGAAGGCCUGUUGUCCUUAAAAGUACAUGAAUGCGUGGAAGGGCUGCCGGUCAGAGUGGUCUGUCCUCAUCUGUUCAUACCCCUGACUUCUCUUCUCUGUGACCCUAGGUUUCCGCCUACAUCCCCCCUGAAGCCCCUGCCUCAGCGGCCCCCAGUGUCAGAGAACUGCGACCUGCCCCGGCUCAUCCGCUGGGACGACUACGAGGAACUGCCCCAGCCAGAGAAGAUCCCCAUGAAGCCUCUGGUCCUGGUGAGAGAAACAGAGAGAGGCCAGGGGCCAGGGGCCAGGGGCUAGGGGCUAGGGGCUAGGGGCUAGGGGCCAGGGGCUAGGGUCUAGGGGCUAGGGGCUAGGGGCCAGGGGCUAGGGGCCAGGGGCUAGGGGCCAGGGGCCAGGGGCCAGGGCCAGGGGCCAGGGGCCAGGGGCCAGGGGCCAGGGGCUAGGGGCCAGGGGCCAGGGGCUAGGGGCCAGGGGCUAGGGGCUAGAGGCUAGGGGCUAGUACAGCUGUUUAUCUUUCCAGUUAGCUGUUGCUGUUUUCACUGACCUUUUUUAUGGUUGUUGAAUUUUAGAGAUGGCACAACGAUACGUAAUGUAAUAAUUAUUAUUACACGCACACACUCUCUUAGAAACUGGGGAAACAUGUUAAAAUGUUAUUCUAAUAAUAAUAAUAUAAUAUAUGCCAUUUAGCAGACACUUUUAUCCAAAGUGACUUAGUUAUGUGUGCAUACUUUUUUCGUAUUGGUGGACCCAGCCGGACCAAUACACAGUAUUGUAGGGUUCCAUGAGUGUCAUAGCUUUCUAUGUUUUGAUUUUCCUCAGAACUCAGAGAUGUGGAACAAGAGACACAGCAUAGCCAUCGGAGAGGUGCACGAGUGCAAGAUCAUACGCAGGAGUGACAUCACCCCCAAGCAAGUCGACCAAAUCUGGAAGUCAAUGACAAUCGCACAGUACGUAGCUAGCUGUCCACCACAUACCAUCAAUGGACUUGUGCUUGUUGGUCAACACUGUGUGUGUCACUGCUUUUCCUUUUACAACUGUUGAAUACUACGUUCUGUUCUAGUUUGCAGAGAGUGCUCGGUCUGAAGACAAUGGAUGGAGUGUUGGAUCCCAAACGCGUGAAUGCGAAGCAUAUCAUUCACAAUGUAUUCAGUGUCAACAAAACAGGAAUAGUCAUUCUGAAGAACAAAGCGGGUAUGCAACUUUUGCAGUCAUUCUGUAACAUUGCUCAUGGCCAUUCUCUACCGUAUAAGAUUAAUAACUAAACAUACAAAAUAAAAAAAAAAGCCUAACUUUUUCCUAUAUUUGCUCAUGUUUUGCAUUACCAGAGGACAUGCCCUAUUGGGUUUUAUCAGCAAUGAAGUGCCUAGCCAACUGUGAGUAAAGCUAUACUGAUGAUAAUCCUCUCCUCUUACCCUUAGACAUCUGCUUUGGGUUCACCCUUGUUACUAAUUGGCUGCAGUAUGGAGAGUUUGUACUCUUACCAAUACAGCAAGACCCAACAGACAAUUGUCUUUACUAUUUCCUUGAACAUCUGCUCAUGUUUGCUUUGGGUCUUCCUGUUUUGUACAUAAAGUUAGGCUUGAAUCGCUCUCUUCUUUAGGGCCCAACGGUAGGGAGACCAAGCAGCCCAUGUACCCAGGCUUUGAGCGUGACGUGCUGCGGACGGUGGCUGAGUACUUCCAGAGACUCAAAGAGCCCCUGUUGACCUUCCAGCUCUAUGAAGUCUUUGUCAACAUUCUCAGUGAGUAAUGUGUCAACUAACAACAACAAUACUAGAAAACACCACUACUCCUGAAGAGGAAGCACUGCAUUAUUUCUGUUAUUAGAUCUAUGGCCACUUUGUGAGGUAGAAGAGGAACUGCUUUGGCUGUUAUUUGGCAAACUGUGAACACUUCAGGCCCGCACAGAACUUUUACUGAAGCCUUUUCUUACCGUAUUUCAACUGGGCAAACAACCUGUGGACCAUUGGGUUGUAAUCAACUGUCCAACAAAAUCUGAUCCGAAACACAUGAGAGACGGAUAGACGCAAUGCCAGGGAAGGUCCUGUGUACCUCAAGCCAUCUCUUCCCCCAGGUCUGCUGCAGCAGAAAGAAGUGGCAGCGGAGGCCCUCCAGGUGUGCAGCCUCCUGCUGCCCCCGGCCAACCGCCGCAGACUCCAGCUGCUCCUCCGCCUCAUGGCCAGGGUCUGCCAGAACCCCGCCCUUCCCCCGCUUAACGACGCCAUAGCAACACGCACCCUGGUACAAACGUCUUUCCAUCUUAACUGUUGUUAUGGAGGGCUUGCAUUUUAUAUGGAUUUUCCCACUAGGUUUCAAAGCGCUUCAUAGUAAGUGACUGUAUUUUUCUGUUUUCCCUCCCCGCUCGUUGUUCAUGGUCAGAUGGUGCAGACAUUCUCGCGCUGCAUCCUGGGCUCUGCAGAGGAGGUGGACCUGGACGAGCUCCUGGCCACCAAGCUGGUCACCUUCAUGAUGGAGCACCACGAAAGUGUCCUCAGGGUGCCGUCUAGCCUGCACAGACACGUGGAAGAUCACCUCUCCCACCUCAGGAGGGUACAGGUCUGCCCAACGCUGUCAUAGCAUACUGUUUACAAACCCAGAGAAAGUACACUGACAGCCUGUCUUGGGUCGUGUUCAUUAGGGCACGCAAUGGAAAAUGAAAAUUAGCGUUUCUCAUGGGACAAAUCCAGAUCAUUCCUCUGUUUUAUUCCCCGUUUUCCAUUUGGUGCCUAAUGAACACGACCCUGGUCAAAUCGUGUACGUUUAUAUGUGAAAGGGUGUGCUUUCGUUUCACCCUUGGUGAGGUAGCAAUUGUUUGAUUUCUCAAGCUGUGUCAAUAUACUGAGUUCAAAUGCGACUGAUAAUUGAAUAACCAUUAUAUAAUGUCAUAACUCAUCAUACUAUGAUCACUUUGAUAUAUUUACGUUUACCUACCAGUUGCAUCAACUCAAUCUCUAUGGAUUUUGAUUGAACAUGGGGGAUUCUUAACAGCCUCUCCCUCUAUCAACCCCAGAACAAUAAGUAUUUUUAAACUCUCUUUCUCUACCCCCAGAUAAAGUAUGCAGGUGCAGAUACAGACGCCUCCCUGGCGUCUCCGUCGUACUGCAGGCAGAUCAGCAGGGCAGAGUUUGAGGAGCAGAGGGUCUCCAGCUCCCAGGGGCCCAUGCAGGAGCUGCUGGAGGGCCUCAUCGCAGACACUGAGCUCUCAGCCAAGGACAAGAGGAAGAGACUCAAGCAGGUACACUCAAAGAAGAGCUCUUUCCCUAUAUUAACUUUGCUAGGGCAGGAUUGAUAGAACUCCAGCCUACUGGCGCUCUCUGUAAACUAAUCAUCUUACCGUUCCUCAGUUCCAGAAGUCCUAUCCGGAGAUCUACCGCAGGCGGUUCCCAACAGCGGAGAGCAAGGCUGCCGUCCUACCAGAGAAAGCUCCACGGCUCAAACCCCAGCUCAUGCUCCUAACCCUGAAGAAACCCUUCCAGCCUUUCCAGAGGAGCUGGAGCUUUAGGGCCUAA